AUGGCGAAGACAGGCAAAGUCAAGCAGAAUCCUACUGCAAACCCGAGAUCUCGAGCGUCAAAGAGAGCCACUUCUCCAUCCGUUGAUUUGGACAGAUCCCUUCGAGACGCUCCCCGGGCUUCAGAUGCCACACCUGUCCUGUCAGCCCGUUCAAAUGGCAGGGUAACUAAGUCAAAGCCGAAGCAAAAACAGUUGAGCCGGGGUCAAAAGAAAAGGCAUGAAAAGGGACUGGCACGGGCAGAGGCUGUCCAGGACCGGUUAGCCAAGAAGUUAAACGAUGCGUCAGGAAAGCUCAAAAAGAUCCGGGAGAGGAAAGGGAUGUGGGACGAGGUGAACGGCACCACCAAGCUGGAACAGACGAGGGAAGUUCUCAGUGCACACGUGGACAGGCCAGAAGAGAACGAGUGGGAAGACGAACCCAUGCAAGAGGAGGAGGUCUUUCGGAAAGGCCAAUUAAAGGUCGUGGAGGGGGUGAUUGUGCCCUCGACAGCGCCUGUGAACAAAUUGCUCGUUGUUGAUCGAACACCCUCUGCGCCAAUAUCGGAUGUGGAAGACGAGGCGGACAAGAUUACAUGA